CUUCAUUUCUUUAUUUUCACAUCGUCACACCUCUCUCUACCCGCUCAUUUCUUCCUGUAUAAAUCCUUCUCAUUGCAACUAACCAACUCUACUCCUCUACCCACUCAGUUCUUCACUUCUUCAGUAAGCCCUUUUUCACGGGUAGGUAUCUCCCCUAAUCUCUCUCUCUAAUGGGUUCGUCCGCUACCCCGAUUUCUCCAGCAAGGCUUCGUUCUGAUCUGUAUUCUUUCUCAUAUCAAGACGAAUCAAACAGCCCCUUGGUGAUUUCAGUUCUUGCCUCCCUCAUCGAGAGAAGCAUGGCUAGAAAUGAAAGAACUUCGAGAAGAAGUAGUUGGAUGCUGCCCAAAGAUCCCCGAAUUCGGGAGUUCUAUUGCUAUCAGGUACCAGACAUGACCAUUCAGUCGUUUCUCGAGAGAAUCUUCCGUUAUACGCGCGUUGGACCGCCGGUUUAUGUCGUCGCCUAUGCCUACAUUGACCGCCUCUGCCAAAUGCAUCCUGAGUUUCGGAUUACAUCCAGCAAUGUCUAUAGGCUUCUAGUUACUACCAUCAUGGUCGCCUCUAAAUUUGUGGAGGACAUGAAUUAUAGGAACUCUUACUUCGCAAAGGUUGGUGGGCUAACAACCAAAGAGCUCAACAGACUAGAGGUUGAUUUUCUGUUCUUGAUGGGUUUCAAAUUGCAUGUAAACGUAAGUGUGUUCGAGAGCUACUGCUGUCAUCUGGAGAGAGAAGUAAGCAUAGGGGGAGGAUACCACAUUGAGAGGACUCUAAGGUUCAUGUGUGCUGGUGAAAUCAACUCCAAGCACAGAGAUGAACAUGACUUCAAUAAGCUUGCACGCAUCGUCGGAUGUGGUUCACAUUAGAAUGUUGCUUCUCUUCAUACAUACAUUGAUUUUUUGCUUUCUAUGUUAUUGCUGGUAGGAAAGUUUUGUACAUAGAAUUAUUAGUGUCUAAGGAUUUUCAUUCUAAUUCCAAAAUAAUGCUCAUGUGGUUCACAUUAGAACGCGCGUAUUAUUUUGUACAAGAUGUAUCAAAGGGAAUUAUAGGGGUGCAUCAGUUUAUCUCCUAUCAUGAGAAAAAAAAAAAAAAUAAAGAUUAUAAUAAAAAGGGAAGACUACUUAUUAAAUGGAAGAGAAACAGAAAGUAAAGGAAUCAAUGAAAUGAUUAGAGGCCAAAUAGCCCACACGAGGGGGCAGCUUCUGUCUCCAGACUCCAAAUGGAGGUGAGAUACCAGAAGGUGGAGAUACUCAUUAGUUGACAAUUUAUAUGAGCUAUCUUUUUAGGUAAAAGUAAAGUAUGUAGCCUCUCAUUCUCAUUCAUUUCAGUUGAAGCUGCCAUGACUCAAGACCGUCA